AGACGCUGAUAACAAGAAUUUACAGGUAAUCAGCAGACGCAUCGUUCACAUACACUGGAUAUGAAAAUGAAGAUCCCAAACGGCGGGUCUGGAAACGGGACUUAUUACGGACAAGAGACAGGCAUCACUUCCUAUAUGGACAACAACAGCGACACGGAGGCUGAAGUGCAAGCGAUAGGCGAUGGCGACUUCUCGGAGUACCUCUGGAUGGAAAAUGAAGAGGAGUUUGACAAGCAGGUGCUCCAACAACUGGAAGAGGAAGAAUUGAUGGAGGAAUGCUUAGAAGCGAUGCUGGAAGAAGAGAGGCAACAUCAAAGAAAUAUGAGCUCUACUGCUUGGUCCACGGCUACUGGCACUCCCGACAAUAAUGCUGCUGAACUUUGUCAACAACUAAGCAGUCUGAGGAUGCAAGACGAUCUCGCCAAGCAGAGCACGCUAAAUCCAGAUGCAGCUGAAUUUAUUCCAGCAUGCAAAUCGACUGUGGUACCACCUGUAAGUACAUCAUCAGAAACCACAGUCACUACAGAACCAUCGUAGAAAUCUUCUGUGUGUUUUCUCUCUUGUCCGUUCUCUAUUUAAGUCACGUAUAAAAUCGGGCUACACGUAAUAAUUAGAAUUUACUAUUUCCAAUCCGACAGUCGUAUUAAACGGAUCAUCGUGUUAGGUGUUCAAUGACUGUGACUGUAGGUACAAAGAUAAAGAGAGAGAUAAAGGGCGCGAGUUGUGCAUGUAAUUAUGCGCGUCAUCCGAAGCAUCAGUUACACAAUUAGAUGGAAUGAACGCGGUAUCCCGAAACUUUUAUAGACAAGAAACACGUUCACGUGUAUCAUGCGGGACAAUUAUGUAUAUUUUUUUUGCCAAAAUACUAAAGAACGAUCGCUUUUACAAAUCACUCGUUAAAACAAAUUUGCAAUUUGCAUCUCUUGUUCGAUGCCAUCUAUAUUGAGAAUCGUUUCUCGCAGAGGCACAUGUUUUUAGCAUUUUCAAUCUUUGUAUAAUUUGUAUAAAUUGAAAUCAAUCAUGUACGUCUAUGAAAAUAAUCCACUGUUCAAGUUAAACUGAAUAGAGGGAACAAAAUGCACUGCAUGGUUUAAGGAAAGGACUUUCAUAAGUUUAUGAAAUAUGUAUAUGAA